AGAGACCUUAAGGGUGCUACGAACGCGCAUAGGCAUCACUGGAUGGCACAACGAGUAUUUCCUCCUAAAUUCUUUGAAACAUCGCAUAUCGAGUUUAUUCAAAGAAGUAGAGAGCCUACAGAGUCUACGAACCAACAACAACCCGCAUAUCAUUCAAAAGCCCGUUGACCCUCACAAUGAGUCUUCCUGUUGCGCCGACAAUUAACGCGAGGAGAGCGCGUCAGCGUGGGACGAUUCGGGGCGGUCCGAAUAACGGUCUUGCCCUGCGCCAAUAUGCCGAAGCUACGCUUGGAGGUGGCAGCCUCCGCAAAGCCGUGAAGCUGCCCGAAGGCGAGGAUGAGGACGAAUGGCUGGCAGUCAACAUGGUCGAUUUCUACAAUCAAAUCAACCUCUUGUACGGCGCUAUUACCGAGUUCUGCUCGCCCGAGUCCUGCUACCCCAUGAAGGCGACAGACGAGUUUGAGUAUCUGUGGCAAGACAACGAGAACUACAAGAAGCCCACCAAGAUGUCUGCGCCGGACUACAUCAACCACUUGAUGACAUGGGUGCAGAACACCAUCGACAACGAGAGCAUUCUGCCCAGCCGAAUUGGUGUUCCUUUCCCCAAGGGAUUCCAGCCGCUAGUAAGGCAAAUCUUCAAGCGCAUGUAUCGGGUCUAUGCGCAUAUCUACUGCCAUCACUACGCCGUCAUCCGAGAGCUCGGUCUCGAACCUCACCUGAAUACCAGCUUCAAGCAAUACGUGCUGUUCGUCGACGAACACAAGCUGGACUCGGGCAAGGACUUUUACGGCCCGCUAAGUGACUUGGCGGCGAAAAUGAUAGAGAGCGACUAAGGUGUUCGACGAGCUUUGGGUGUCGAUGAUUCAGUGUAUGAGCUAUGUUCGGCGUUGGUAUUGACAUUGGGUUUGGUUUGCAGGGUCUGAUCAGGGUGCCCCCCUAAGGUAAGGUACCUAACAAAAUUACACAGGCAUCGUAGCAAUUGGUGUUUGUACUCGGUAGAUUACACUGCCUGAGAAGGCAAAAGGACAUGGGAAUUCAGGAAUAAAACGAAAUGCGUACAACGGU